AUGACCGAAUGCGAAGGUAAUCGAGAAUUAAUCCCAAAAGAAAGCAUAAGUAAUACAUUAAAUUGGAAAUUUGCUAAUCAAACAUCAAUUUGUAGACAAAAUGGCACACAAAAAGCUUAUAUUAAUCAAUGUGGUAUUAGUCGUAUUGGUUCAAAUUAUUUAAAAGUUCCAUUAAAAUCGUUACAAUAUGAUGAAAAGGCUUGUAUCUAUUGUCAAGUAGAUUAUAAACCUAUUGUAGCAUUGAUUAGAGUAACUCAGUCAGAUUUGCACGGAUUUAUUACAUAUAAUUUUAACAUAACGGCUACCGGAUUAGGAUAUAAUGAAUCAUUCGAAAUUCUCUGGGCUAAACGCGCUCAUGGUGAAAUUCGAUAUUCAUUUAACUACUGGUUCUCACAAAAAUGUAUUGAUUCUAGAGUAGAUAUUAUUUUAAAUACUGGUCAUAUGAUACUAUUUACUGUAAAUGAUCUAGCUAUUAAUCGAGCUGAAUUUAUUAUUCGUCGUUGCAAUGGUACUUGUCGAAAUUAUGACAGCUGUUCUCAAGAAGAACUUAAUAAAGACAUUGCUUCAAAUCAUUUAAAAAUUCCUGAUUCAAUUGAAAAAAUAAGUUGUGAUAAUGAUUGUUUAAAUGAUGCUUCAAUAACAACAAUAGCUGUCUCACAAAUACUUUCUUCGUCAACAACUGAAACAUCAUUAAGUGUAGAACAAACAGUCGUAGUUAUAAUUUUAGUAGCUACAAGUGGAUUAUUAUUACUAAUGGUAUUAAUUAUAUGCAUACUUUAUAUAUGGCAUAAAAUGAAAAGAAGAAAACAUGUUUAUUCAGCAACAAGUAAUGUUGAUCCAGAUGAAUAUUAA